AUGAGUCCCCGACGGAAUUCCGCCGAUUUAGAACGGUUGGGCAAGGAGGCCCGUCAAACUUUACAAGAACAAGCCAAAGCCCUCCAAUCAUCCCUCCAGGCUCUCGCCGAGCGUAUUGACGCAGUGAAAUCGGACCACGACAAGUUGGAAAACGAGAACAAGAUCCUACAAGAUUACAUCGGUGGUCUCACCCGCAACAUGACCAAGAGCGAAAUGACCCGCAGUACCAAGGCCCGCAAAGCGCAGAAGUAA